ACUGCAUCGAUCUUUUGGGAAUUGAGCCUGAACACCAUGCGUUCUUCAAUCCUCCUCGCUGCAGCUGCGAGCUUCGCGGUCUGCUUUGCUGCACCGACCGCGGACAGUCGUUUUGAGCUUCAUGAGAAACGUGAUGGAGCUCCCCAUCAAUGGUCGAAAAGAUCUCGCGCACAUCCUGAUGAGGUCCUCCCCGUCAGAAUUGGUCUCGUACAGAGCAAUCUGCACAAGGCCGAGGAGUAUAUCCUUGAUGUCUCGGACCCCACAUCGCCUAAUUUUGGUAAGCAUUGGUCAGCGGAGAAGGUUGCCAAUGUUUUUGCACCAGCGAAGAAGACGCAAGAAGGAGUAGCAGAAUGGCUCGAAAAGUCUGGCAUUCAUGGUUCUCGACACUCUUAUUCCACUGGCCGCAACUGGAUCCAAUUCAAUGCGACAGUGGCCGAGACAGAGCGUCUGCUGAAUACUGAAUAUCACUACUACGAACACGACAUCUCUGGAGGCUAUCGCAUUGCUUGCGAUGAGUACCAUCUUCCCCAGAGCGUGCGCGAGCACGUUGACUUUGCUAUGCCAACAAUUCAGCUCGAAGGAAUGCGCCCCAUUCCCAACUUGCUCCCCAAGAUUGGCGCCCAAAGGACUCCUCAGUACGGCCUGACAGGAACUGAAAACUGCGGUAACCUCGUGACCAUCGACUGCUUACGUGCUCUCUACCAUUUCGGCCAAGGGAACACCAGUGCAGCUGGUAACGAGAUGGGUAUCGGCGAAUGGGCGGAUUUCCUCUACUUGCCCGAUUUGCCACUAUUCUUCAAGAACUGGACCACUCAGCCAAUUCCCGCUGACACAACCCCUGACUUCAUCUCCAUUGAUGGAGGUCAGACCGCCAACUUCACGUACGACAAUAGUACUGGAGCUGGAGUGGAAUCGGCUCUAGAUUUCCAGACAUCGUACUCUAUCAUCUAUCCUCAAAAGCUGAGACUGUACCAAGUUGGAGAUGGUGUCAACAUUGACAGUGUUGGUACUUUCAACAUCUUCUUGGACGCCCUAGAUGCUUCCUACUGCACUUACCUCGGAGGUGAUCAACCAUACGUCGAUCCAGCAUACCCAGAUCCCAAUGAGGGCGGAUACACCGGACCAUUGCAAUGCGGUGGUGCUCCCAAGAGCAACGUUUUCUCGUUUUCCUACAACCAAAUCGAAGCAGCUCUCCCUGUUUCCUACCAAACUCGACAAUGCCACGAAUGGAUGAAGUUGGGUCUUCAAGGAGUUAGUGUCCUGUUCGCUUCCGGUGAUUCUGGUGUUGCCAACCGAUACAAUGCUGGUUACGAGAACAGCUGUCUCACUUCCCCUGACGUGGGACCAUAUGUUGACAUCAACGGCACCCGCUUCUCUCCUUCAUUCCCAACUAACUGCCCUUGGAUCACAGCUGUCGGCGCCACAACUAUCAAAGGCGGCGUCAACGCAACCGUCUCCAACGGCGAAGAAGCCGUGGCAGACCCCGACCCCGACGACCCAAAGAACGACUACUACUCUGGCGGUGGCUUCUCCAACGUCUUCGCCCUGCCCUCCUACCAAUCCGCAGCCGUAACCAACUACCUCACCAAAUACAACCCCCACUACCCGUCCCACAUCUACAACAACAGCGGCAACAGCCGCGCCUACCCGGACGUCUCAGCCAUCGGUCUCAACAUCCCGACCGUCUAUCUCGGGACCACUUACGGUGUCGGAGGAACCAGUGCCUCGACGCCUAUUUGGGGCAGUAUCGUGACGUUGUUGAAUGAGGCGAGAAUCGCGGCUGGGAAGGGCCCGAUUGGGUUCUUGAAUCCGACGUUCUAUGCGCAUCCGGAGGUCUUUAAUGAUAUUACUGAGGGAUCUAAUCCAGGGUGUGGACAGCCGGGAUUCCAGGCUCAGCCGGGUUGGGAUCCGGUGACGGGGAUGGGGACUCCUAAUUAUCCUGCGUUGGAGAAGUUGUUUGUGAGCUUACCUUGAGGUAGGGGACGUGUAGAUGAGAGGAUAUAUCUGGUAUAGACAGCUUUAAUUCAUAAUCAGAUGACUGAGGUCACUUUUGAAAGCUCAAAC